AUGGCACCCACAGACAUCCCGCCGCCCCUGGAGGGCAAGAAGAGGAGGAUUGGGGUCAUGACUUCUGGAGGCGACGCGCCAGGCAUGAACGGAAGCGUGCGGGCCGUGGUCCGCAUGGCUCUGUACAGCAACUGCGAAGCAUACGCCAUCUACGAAGGCUACGACGGCCUGGUCAAAGGCGGCGACAUGAUCAAGGAGAUGCAGUGGGAGGACGUGAGAGGCUUUUUGUCUGAGGGCGGCACACUCAUUGGCACAGCACGAUGCAUGGAGUUCAUGCAGCGCGACGGCCGAAGAACAGCGGCCAAGAACAUGAUCCUCAAGGGCAUCGACGCCCUCGUCAUCUGCGGUGGUGAUGGCAGUCUUACGGGAGCAGACAAGUUCCGCGACGAAUGGCCCAGUCUGCUAGAGGAGCUUGUUGAGAAGAAGGAGCUCACUUCCGAGCAGGUCGCACCGUUCAAGCACCUCAACAUCGUCGGACUCGUCGGCUCCAUCGACAACGAUCUCAGCAUGACAGACGCAACCAUUGGCUGCUACAGCUCGCUCGCGAGAAUCUGCGAGGCAAUCGAUUCGGUGGACACGACUGCGACUAGUCACCAACGUGCCUUCGUCGUGGAGACUAUGGGAAGACAUUGCGGAUGGCUCACACUCAUGGCUGGUGUCGCUACCGGCAGCGAUUUCAUAUUCAUUCCGGAGCAGCCUGCGAAGGAGGGCUGGGAGGGCAACAUGCUCUCUGUCAUCCAAAAGCACCGUCAUUUGGGCAAGAGAAAGACCAUCGUCAUUGUGGCCGAGGGCGCUAUUGAUGAGAACCUCAACAAGAUCACACCGCACCAGAUCAAGGAGAUCCUUUCCGGAGCUGGCCUUGAUACUCGAGUCACCACCCUUGGCCACGUUCAGCGCGGUGGGCAGCCUGCGGCAUACGACAGGAUGCUGUCAACGUUGCAAGGUGUCGAGGCUGUGAAGGCUGUCCUCGAGGCAACCCCUGAGACGCCCUCUCCCGUCAUUUGCAUGAUUGAAAACAAAAUUGUGCGCCGUCCGCUACUCGAAGCAGUCGCCCAGACCAAGAAGGUUGCCGAGGCUAUCGAAAGGAAGGAUUUCAAGACAGCUAUGGAACUGCGCGAUGCUGAAUUUGCUGAGUACUUUAAGUCGUACCAAAUCACGACAUCAACGGACCAGCCAGAGCUCUUGCUCCCAAAGGAGAAGCGGAUGCGUAUUGGUAUCAUCCACGUCGGAGCCCCAGCAGGUGGCAUGAAUGCAGCAACGCGCGCGGCUGUUGCUUACUGUUUGGCACGCGGACACACCCCCGUUGCUCUCCACAACGGUUUCCCCGGACUCAUCCGACACCACUCAGACAAGCCUCUUGGUGCAGUACGAGACAUCGCCUGGCUCGACGCCGAAAGCUGGGCCAACAAGGGCGGUUCCGAGAUCGGUACCAACCGCGGCCUUCCCAGUGAAGAUCUCGAGACCGUAUCGUAUGUAUUCAAGCAAUACAACAUCCAAGCUCUCUUCGUCGUCGGCGGCUUCGAGGCCUUCACCGCAGUCAGCGAGCUACGCAAGGGCAGGGAGCACUACAAGUCGUUCAAGAUCCCAAUGGUCGUCCUCCCCGCCACUAUCUCCAAUAACGUCCCGGGAACCGAAUAUUCCAUCGGCUCCGACACGUGCCUCAACGCCCUCAUCCAGUACUGCGACGCCUGCCGCCAGUCGGCCUCGGCCAGCCGCCGCCGCGUCUUCGUCAUCGAAACCCAGGGCGGCGAGUCCGGCUACAUCGCCACCAUCGCGGGUCUCUCCAUCGGCGCCUUCGCCGUGUACACCCCCGAGGACGGCAUCUCACUCAAGAUGCUCGACCAUGACAUCGACUCCCUCCGCGAGACGUUCAAGAAGGACAAGGGCCAGAACCGCGCGGGUAAGAUCGUCCUCGUCAACGAGAAGGCGUCAAAGACGUACUCGGUGCAGAUCAUCGCCGACAUGAUUGCCGAGGCCGGCAAGGGCAAGUUCGAAAGCAGGCACGGCGUCCCCGGCCAUUUUCAGCAGGGUACCACGCCGAGCCCCAUGGACCGCGUCAGGGCGGUAAGAUUCGCGUUCAGAAGUCUGGAGCAUAUCGAGCAGUAUGCUGGCAUGGAUCCGGAUGAUAUCGACGACGACGCGAUGAGCACGGCGGUCAUUGGGAUCAAGGGCGCGAAGGUGCUGUUUUCGCCCAUGGAGGCCAUUGAGAAGAAGGAGACCGACUGGCACCGACGACGGCCCAAGAAGGAGUUCUGGAUGGAUCUCAAGGAGUACGUGGACAUUCUCAGCGGGCGUCCGUCGCAAAACAAGAUGCAGCAGUAG